AUGGCUCAUUCGGCCCAGAACGAUGGCGGUCUGCUAGAAACACCUGCCGACUUCGACGUCGAUGUCAAUGAUAUCGUCCAUUUCGAACUCGAAAGCGGAACCUCAGCCGGGUUGAAGAGUAGCGCAGGCGCAGGCUCAGAAGCAGGCUCAGAAGCAGGCUCAGAAGCAGAAGCAGAAGCAGAAGCAGGUGCAGGCUUGGUACUUGUAGCGAAGGCAUGUGAUGCGCUGGUCAGAAUGGGCUACGAGGAUUCCGAUGUGUGCAAAGUGGGAUAUCUCGUCGCGCGGAAUCUGAUGACUGCUUCGUCUUCGCAGCUACCAGAGGAAGAUGAAUCUGACACGGAACUGGAUGAGGACAAGAGUGGCAGUGAACCAGAUGAAGUGACCAGCCAAGUUGGUUUGCUGCUCCAGGGCCUACUGGACAAAAACAUCCCGCGGAGCCGCACCGUGCACAUGAAUUCCAACGAGCCUGUCGUGCUUAUCAACCAGUCGGGCCAUUUCUAUCGGCCCAUCUUCAAUCGUGUCGUUGACGAGACAGUUAUGCAGCUUCAGCAUAAGUGGAACAUCUGGCCAGUGCGCGUUUAUGCCGGGCCAUAUUUCAAGGCGGCCCAGGAUGAAUUCUCCAUUACCCUCCUGAAUGUGGUCAAUACGGAUAUUGGAGGUCCGGGUAUGGUGCAGUUGCUUGAUGCCCCAUGUGAUGCACCGGAGUGGCGCUCCUCCACGAGGAGGGAGGCAUGGAGAGAGAGGGAUUUGUUGUAUCGUGAAGAGAUGGAUGUGCCGUGGAGCGAGGAUGGAAGCAUCCGAGAUGAUCUCUCGGAGCAGGCAUCGGACAGUGAGGGAGAUGCUUCGCUGGACUCGCGACGACCGAGCCUAGAAGAAUCGUACGCACAGAAGUCGACAUCUCCGGCUCAAGAUGACGAACUGGGUGCUGGUGGUGGUGAUGUUGAUACGUCUUCAAAUCUGGACGAUGUGCCGCCUAAAGACACUACGGAGCAAUCUGCCGAUGACCCAGAUGUGACCGUACCGGAGAGGGAAGAAAUCCCUUCUUCUUACCAAUACGAUCUCCCGCAGAGGCAAGUCGAGCAUCCAACUUGGGAUCGUCGCGAUGACAGUGUCACGUUGCUCGAUCUGAUCAAGGCUCAAGCAUCGAAGCUGGCACCGUCUGCCAAGCCUGACGAUGCUUCGGCUGGACAGCAGGACUCUCCUGGUGACGAUGAGAGCCAUGUACAAGGCGAGCCUUCCGCUGGGGAUGAUUAUGUGGUCGUUUGA